GCGCAAUAGCGUAGGAAAAGAAAGUUUGCGGGACGUUGAGAGAGAGGCACAGAAGCCAGCCUCGGAUGUAAGGUAAGAGACAUACAUCUGAUUGGGUGGAUGGAAGUAAUUGUUAGCAAACGUGCGAUUCAUGGUUGAUGUUGCACCAGGGUCAUCGUGAAACGGCCCACAUGGUGGCUGCCGAGGCCCGUCGCAGGUCGCACCGUCGACAUGCAUGAGACAGCCCUACGCCAUUCUACUUGGUUGCAAUCUCUCCACGCCCUGGAGAAGAUCAUGGGUGGUAAUUGAAGGAUGGCUGGGCCCUUGGCGGAAGAUGCUGUCUCGUCCUUUGCCAUCGCUGGCAAGUUCCAGAUCAAGCAAGGCAUUGACGACAGUAAGCCAGCCGAGCUGACAUGGCUUGCUAAGAAACAACGACGCAAAGGUUCCAUAUCGUUGGUAGAGCUUAUACAUAUGUUUGACAGCGGAGCCUUUUUGCGUGAACGACUCCGAAAGGCUGUGGUUAGCUCAAGUCGGAUACUUUGCUUUGAAGGUAUAACGACAUGCCAUUGCAUUUCCUCCACGAUGCGAGAUGUCGCACCGAACAUUGCGCACAGUAUUCACAACUCACUCGUGCCAACCCAUGACUUGUGUCACUCGUCAAGGUUGAUACGAUACCCCAGUAACCCGUCCGCCGCUAAUGCAACGGGAAUCCUGCUCGAUGAUCGAAACGGUCACUGGAGUCAUGCGCCCACAUUCAUCCUUGGUCGUCGAAACAAGAGCUUCACUUGUCCCAACAGCAUGCCGAGGCUAACCCAGGGUAAAACACACGACAUGCAGAGGUCACCCGACAGAUUCAGUGGUCAGGCACGGAAAACAUGGGUACACUUCCCUGUACACAUCAGCCUCUUCCCGCACAACGGGGCAACGCACCCACAAAAACGUCGCGUUGAUGGGAAAUGCCUUGGCAUUCCUUUCAUCACACCUCGCCGCAGAAGCAAUGUUUCGAAACCCAACGGCGUAACUCGUUGUAAUGGCACUCCGAGGAAGUCAACCACGAAUUCGUGUAUAAGAUGUAGGCCUCCAACACAGAUUUGAUGGGCAUCGACUUCGAUCCUACUUUCGCUUCAACCUUACCACCUUCGCUUCCAGCGCCAGUCUUGUUCUUCGUUGUGCAGUGCAC